AUGGCCGCUAACAAUGAUUUCAUCAAGGAUAUAACUAUUUCAAAGAUGCAAUGGAAGUUGAAAGUUCGCGUUGUCCGUAUGUGGGAAAAACCGGAUCGUUUUAAUCCCGGCUCUAUAUUCUCCAUUGAAUUGGUUCUACAAGAUGAAAAGGGUGAUCGUAUACAUGCUUCUAUUGGGAAGUCUGUUCUGCAUAUUUUCAACAAAAAAAUUAAUGAGCUUGGAUUGUAUCUUAUGGCGAACUUUAUCGUCUGCCAAAACAAGGAGAGGUUCAACACCACAAAACAUAGAUUGAUGCUGACUUUUACUCAACGUACAACAGUGGCUGAAACAAUUGAUCCACUUUUUUCGAUGAAUAUCUUUGAUCUGCGACCAUAUCAUCAAUUGAUAAAUAAAGUUGAUGUCAACCAGAGUGAAUUAUUUGAUGUUAUCGGAGAGAUUGUCAAUUUUAGUGAGGUGCAAUCGCAAAAACAAGGUGAAAUUACUAGGAAGUAUAUGGAUAUCGAACUAGAAGAUGAUGAGAGGAACAAGUUAUCAGCUACAUUCUGGGGUGAAUUUGUUGAUCAAGUUAUACCUCACCUUUUAAGUUCUAACAACCAGCCUAUUAUUGUUGUUAUGCAGCUCAUAAAAGCCCAUAAAUUUCAAGAUUCAUAUUCUGUGCGCAACACUUGGAAUACAUCAAAGUUGUGGAUUAAUCCUAUUUUUCCUCAAUCCGAAGAGUUUAAAACCCGAUUACUUUCUGUUCGAGAUAGUUGCUCUGAGAGGCUUACUCAAACCAUCUCUCGACAAAGUUUCUCUGUUUCGGAUGAGUUACAGAAGGGCAUUGUUGAAGUUAAAACAAUUGCCCAAUUAGUCCAGUCCAUGCAAGAAGGUCCCUGUUGGAUUGUCGCAAGUAUAGAAAAUUUAGAACUUGAAAAAGGAUGGUCUUAUGUCAGUUGCAAGAAGUGCCAAAAAAAGGUGGAUAAACUGGGAAACAUUUAUCAAUGCCCAAACCUCAAAUGCAAAAAUGAAGAUUACUCAGCAGUAAUUAGGUACAAGCUUCAGGUUAGGGUAAUGGAUACUACUGGAUCUGUUUCCCUAUUGCUCUGGGACCACGAAGCCAUGUUUCUCAUAGGCAAAUCCGCAAAAGAAUUGAAGGAAGGAUUUCUUGAGAAUACUGGAGGUGUUGAUAGGUAUCCCUAUCCAAUAGAGCUGAACAAUGUUCUCCAGAGAAAAUUCAUGUUUAAGGUUAUUGUCAAGAGUGACAACAUUCAACUGCAAAAGGAAAUUUAUAGUGUUGUGAAGCUUACGGACGAGGAGCAACUGAUAAAGAAAUAUAGUCCUGAUACACCUACAAAUGACUUACCUGACCCUGACUUCAAUAAUAACCAAGUCUUUGAUGGAGAGAAGGAAUGCGAGGAUUCUACAGAAGAUAAUGAGUUAAUCGAUAUUGCACAUACACCUGCCAAGCUAAGUUUACCUAAUGCCGCAACAGUGGUUGAAGAAGAUCCUAAUACACAGUUGUCAGGAAAUAAAAUCAAAAGACCAUUUAAGAAGAAGAAAACAGCAUAAGGUGUUUGUGAAUGUAACACUUGGAGAAAGCAAGAACUAUAUCAUUAGUCUUAUUAGUAGUUUUAUUACUUAUGAAAAAUGUAUUUUAAUCAUUUCAACCUAUUUAUGCUGUUUUACUUUUAUG